CACACCCACAGCACAUAAAGCUGCUUCCCAGCCUCAGAUGAGGUUCUAUUCCUGUGAGAGUCGACAGGACAGCACAGAGUCAAGGCGGGUUUCUCUGGAGUCCUGCUCUGCUGAAAACCCAGGCAACUGCUACCACCUGUACAGCAACCAUGGGAGAGAACGCUGGGGACAAUCAGGUCAAGGAGAAUCUGCUUCAGCUGAGAUGUCACUUCACAUGGAACCUGCUAUUUGAAGAUACUGACAUACCUGAUCUGGAAGUGAGAAUCUCAGAGCAGGUCCAGUACCUUGACAUCAAGAACCCAAUGGGGAUGCACAACCUCCUGGCCUUCGUGAGACACCUGAAAGGCCAUAACAAGGAAGCUCUGCAGAGCUUGAAAGAAGCUGAAGCCUUGAUCCAGACAGAGCGGUUGGGCAAGAGAAGCCUGGUGACCUGGGGCAACUGUGCCUGGGUGCAUUACCAUAUGGGCAGCUUGGCAGAAGCCCAGACCUACCUGGCCAAGGUGGAGAAUGCUUGCAAGGAAUAUGGAAGUCCCUAUCCCUAUAGGAUGGAGUGUGCUGAGAUGGACUGUGAGGAAGGCUGGGCCUUGCUGAAGUGUGGAGGAAAGAAUUAUAAACAAGCCAUGGCCUGCUUUGCAAAGGCCCUGGAGGGGGAGCCAGAAAACCCAGACUAUAAUACUGGUUAUGCACUGGCAGCCUAUCGCCAAGACCUGGAUGAUGAUAAUAUUUCUCUAGAACCCCUAAGGAAGGCUCUCAGGCUAAACCCAGAAAAUUCAUACAUUAAAGUUUAUCUUGCCCUGAAGCUUCAGGAUGUAGGAGAACAAGCUGAAGCAGAAACAUAUAUUGAAGAAGCCCUCAGCACCACAUCCUCCCAAACCUAUGUCUUUCGCUAUGCAGCCAAAUACUACCGGAGGAAAAACUGCAUAGACAAAGCCCUCCAACUCCUACAUAGGGCCUUGGAGACAUCACCUUCCUCUGCCUACACCCAUUACCAAAUAGGUCUCUGCUAUAAGAAACAAAUGAUGCAACUGAAGACAUCUAGAAACAGACAGCCCACCAGGAAGCACAGCAUGCAGGCCCUGGCACAACAGGCCAUUUGCGCAUUUGAAAAGACUUUGAAACUGAGGCCUACAUUUGAGAUAGCUUAUGUCUGCUUGGCUGAAGUACAGGCAGAAAUUCAUCGCUACGAAGAAGCAGAGAAAAACUUCCAGAAGGCACUGAACAUGAAGGACCUUGCGGCUCACUUAGAGCAGGAUAUUCACUGUCGCUAUGGCUAUUUCCAGCAAUUUCAUCAGAAGUCAGAAGACAAAGCAAUCACCCACUACUUAAAAGGUCUAAAAGUGGAAGAGAAAUCCUUUGCCUGGAGGAAACUACUCAAGGCUUUGGAGAAAGUGGCUGAAAGACGUGUUCAGCAGAAUGUUCAACUGGUGGAGAGCACCAGCCUCCUUGGGCUAGUCUGCAAGCUGAAAGGACAGAUGGAGGAUGCCCUGCUGUUCUAUGAGAAGGCCCUGAGGCUCACUGAUAAAAUGAAACCUGAAUUUUGAGUGAGCUCCCCUCUGUGAAGUCAACACACAACUAGGUGUUCCAGCGCUACUUCCUGGUGUCUUUCUCCAGAACUGUAUAGCUUGCUGCAAUGCCAAGUAGCUAAAUGCACUCUCUCUUGCCACCUCAUUCUCAACCCCACCUAGAAGGAACUUCAGGCCCCAUGCCACCUGCUCACUUACUGUCCAAAACUGACUCCUACUAUUCUUGAUUCCUGUGAGAUGCAGGGUAACAGAUCCUGUUUCCCUAUGCCUGUGCCUUUUGAAGGAACAUCCUCCUCCUUCUGCCUGACAGUGUCCUGGACAAAGAAUUCUCUAAAGAAGAUUUCUUCUUAUAUUUUGAUUGUGAGCCUAGCCUUCAAUGGUUGGGCCAUCUCUCCAGCCCAAGAUUUCUUCUUUAUGUCACCAGAAACUCUUACUCCCAUACAAUCUCAGAGCAAAACAGAUGAGCAAAGGAAAACAUUUGAAAACAAGAGAGGUCACACACAUACCUUCUAACAUGCCAGGACUCCUAGUGGAGGAAGGGGAAUAACAACCUAGCCACAGAAACUUUGACCCAAAAUUUACCCUGCCUACAAGAUGUGAUGGGAUAAAGAUAGAGCUGAGAUUGAGGGAAUGUCCAACCAAUGCCUGGUCCAAAUUUAGACCCAUUCUAUGGGAGAGAGCCAACCACUGGCACUAUUAAUGAUAGUCUGCUAUGCUCUAAGACAAGGAGCCUAGCAUAGCUGUCCUCUGAAAGACUCCACCCAGAUCGAACCAAAUGCUUGAGACUCAGAGCCAAACACUGGGCAAAUUUAGGGAAUCCUGUGAAAAAGUGGGUGGGAGGAUAAAAGGACCUGAACAUGGCCGAAACUCCAUGAGAAGACCAACAGAGCCAACUAAUGAGAGACCAGAGAGGCUUGUGGAGACUAGAGCAGCCAACCAGGGACCAUACAUGGGCUAGGCCCAGAUGCCCUACACAAAUACAGCUGUUGGGAAGCUCAGGCUUCAUGUGGAUAGCCUAGUAAGGGAAGAGGGGCCUGUCUCUGACAUUGACUCAAUUGCCUGCUUUUGGAUCACUUUCCCUUGGCAGGGCUAUCUCGAUAGAACACAGGGGGAAAGGAUGCACUCAGUCCUGAUGUAAUUUGAUGAGGUGUGGGUUGGUAGGAGGGAUUCCUCCUGUCUGAGGAAUAGGAGGGGAAGGUGGAAAGGGGAAGGGAGGGAGGGUAGAACCCAGAGGAGAGAAGGGAAGAGGCUAUGAUUGUCAUGUCAUGUGAAUAAACAAAUUAAUUAAUUAAAACAACAACAACAAAAAGAAGUCACACAUUACUGGACAGUUAUUAAGAACCAAGAAGAUGUUUGGCUUGUUAGAGAAAUGAAAUGAAAGCCCUCCUUAGGUUGUAAAGACUGGAAAUUACAGAAAUAACUUUUUUUCAAAAUUUGUACACUAAAAAUAUUCAGUGAACGUGACUGCAAUAACAAAUUUGAUAUAGUUUGUUGAUGACAUUAUAAAUAACAUACAUCUGUGUUUGCAUGUUAUCUUUUAUUCCCAGCUUAAUACAUCCUGGGGGCAUCUGAAAAGAACUGUUUCUAUCAGACUGGCUUUUGGGCAUACAGUAGCAUAAAAGAAUAUACUUUUAAAAAUCCUUUAAUCUCUUUUCUCUUGUAAUAAAAGCAUAAUUAAACCUACCAUAAUAAUUAA